GGCGCCCGCGGGGCCGCGGCCCGGCGCGGAGGCGGGGUGGCCGCGGGGGCAGGCGGCGGGGCGGGCUCCUUCUUUGGCCAUGAGCGAGGUGCCGGCAUUCGGCCGCCGCCGCCGCCUGCGGGACGCGCGGGAAGGGAGCGGCCGCAGCCGCAGCCGCAGCCGCAGCGGGGCUCCGCCGGCGGCAGCAGGCGCGGGGUAUGGCCCAGGCCAAGAUCAGCAGCGCCAAGGCCAGCGAGGGGGCGGCGCAGCAGCAGCCGCAGCACCAGCAGCAGCACCAGCAGCAGCAGCAGCAGCCGCCGGCCGGCGGGCAGCUCCGGGGCCGCUUCUACCGCUCCACCUCCAUGGCGGACCGCUCCAGCCGCCUGCUCGAGAACCUGGACCAGCUGGAGCUCAGGGUAGAGGCUUUCCGUGACGCAGCAUCUGCUAUGGAACAAGAGAAAGAAAUCCUGCUAGAAAUGAUCCACAAUAUCCAGAACAGCCAGGAUAUGAGGCACAUCAGCGAAGGUGAGAGGGAAGAACUUAAUUUGACUGCCAAUCGCCUGAUGGGCCGAACCCUCACUGUGGAGGUUUCUGUAGAAACCAUCCGAAAUGCCCAGCAGCAGGAAUCCCUACUGCAUGCCACGAAGAUGAUCGAUGAAAUAGUCAAUAAACUUCUAGAUGAUUUGGAAGAUGCCAAAAUCCGCUUAAUGUCGCUUUACGGUGCGUGCACAUCUGACGUGCCAGCGGGACCCAUCGAUCAGAAAUUCCAGUCUGUGGUAAUCGGGUGUGCCAUUGAGGAUCAGAAGAAAAUCAAAAGGCGGCUAGAGACUCUGCUCAGAAACUUAGAAAAUUCUGAAAAGUCAAUCACGUUGUUGGAGCAUCAGAAAUCAUCUGUUCGACAGUCUUGCAACAGCAAACAGGAUUAAACUGCCUUCCUGGCUACGUCGGGCAAAUCGCAGAAUGAGCGAAUCUCCGUGAAAAGUACACAGAAGAGCUAAGAAAAAAAUUCUCUGUACAAGCACAUGCGUGCAUAUGCAUGCACAUGCACCAAAGUAUCUUUGAUUGCAAGGUGCGAGCAUUUAAUGGGGUUUGGUAGCAUUGGCAUUUCUUUAGGCAAUAAAGAGUGCUAUCAGUUCUCCUGUAGAGUCGAUACCGCUCUAUUGCAAGUUGCAAUUGUGCUUCUGCUGAACUGUCAGAAACCAUCAAAAUCUAGCCUUUCCUCCCUUCUCCUGGGUUUUUUUGAACUAAAAUUGUUUUGUCAUAUUGUGAGAUUUGAGUUUUUCUCUGCUGUAUACAGUGUGAACCAGACUUUCGGGGACAAAAGACAAAUCUUGGCAAUAAAUCAAAACCACUAAUAAACUGUAUAUGGUAUUUUCAUAAACAA